AGUUUAAACACAUCAGUAUACUGGAAGAGAAGACUGCCUUGCUCAGUCUGCUUUAGCUUUGAUAAAGGAGAGACAGAGGGGUGGAAGGAGCAAGUGAGCAACAGGUGAGAGGCAACUGGAACCAUUCUUGGAUUCCUGGUGUGUGGAGCAGAAAGCUCUUCUAGGUUGCCAUGGCAUCUGGACCCAACAUGAAGGACCCCAUUUGUCUGGUGGAAAAUGACAAUGAGAUUCUGUCAGUGAACCAGAAAGCUCUACAUAUUCUUGAGAAGAUUUCUCAGCCAGUGGUGGUGGUGGCCAUUGUAGGAUUGUAUCGUACAGGCAAAUCCUACUUGAUGAACCGUCUUGCAGGACAGAACCGUGGUUUCCCUCUGGGCUCCACAGUGCAGUCUGAAACCAAGGGCAUCUGGAUGUGGUGUGUGCCCCACCCCUCCAAGCCAAACCACACCCUGGUCCUUCUGGACACUGAGGGCUUGGGGGAUGUGGAAAAGGGUGACCCUAAGAAUGACUCGUGGAUCUUUGCCCUGGCUGUGCUUCUAUGUAGCACCUUUGUCUACAAUAGCACGAGCACCAUCAACCACCAGGCCCUGGAACAGCUGCACUAUGUGACCGAGCUCACAGAACUUAUCCAGGCCAAGUCCUCUCCAAGACCUGAUGGAGUAGAAGAUUCCGCAGAGUUUGUGAGUUUCUUUCCAGACUUUAUCUGGGCUGUUCGGGAUUUCACCCUGGAGCUGAAGUUAAACAGUCACCCUAUCACAGAAGAUCAGUACCUGGAGAAUGCCUUGAAGCUGAUUCCAGGUAUUAGAGCAUGA